AUGUCUUUCUAUCCAGACGAAGAAGAAUUCUGGAAAUGUCCAAAACACCCAUCCAAACGCCGCCGUACCGGAAUCUGCCACGUCUGCCUCCGCGACCGUCUCAUCACCCUCUGCCCUAAUUGCGCCCAUCGCCGCCCCUGCGCUUGCUUCGUCUCCUCCGGCAGGAAUUCUUCAUUCUCUCUCUUGACUUCCGGCAACGCCGUCGUCGGCCGUGUCUCCAAUCUCAUCGAAAACGAACCCUCCUUUCACCGAUCGAUAUCCGAUGGGAAUCACUUACUCCGGUCAAUAACCGCCGGAGACCCAAUCUCGAAUAACACGAAAUCAACGGGAAGCCGGCGACAUUUAUCAUUCUUAUCUGUGUUCAGAAAUAAAGAAAAACCAAAAGAAAUUGAUCAGAAUUAUUGUCAGACGGAUAAUAUAAUGAUGACGAGAUCGAGAUCAGUUUACAUUCCGACAGUCAAUAACAAUAAAUCUUCGUCGGAAAAAUCAAAAGGUUGGUACUUUCCUAGUCCGAUGAAAGUUUUCCGACAAUCCAAAACCUCUAAGGUUGUUCAAGAACGUUCGCCGUUGCACAUCGGUAAUUCAUUAGCACUCUAA